AAACAUUUCCAGUGAGGACAUUGCGUGCAACUGUUGAAAGAAAAGAAGGCCCGUACGUAUAAAAGGAUGACUGUCUCCUACACUUUCAUUAAUUCGACGCGCAAAUCCGGUACGAGUCGAACUAAGCGGAUAAAAAUGCCGAUAUCGUUUCUUGUCGUUGUACUUGGAUUCGCACACUUUGCAUGCUCCCAGUUACCAGCAGCGGCAUGGAACUACCAUCCGUAUCAUUAUUCGUAUUCCUUGGUUCAUCCACAAGACAUGGGAGAAACUCGUCUAGAUACGUCACAACGUAUGGAACAAACGGCGAUAGCUCUUCAAACCAUGCAGAAGGAGUUGAAUGUUUUGGCAGAGACUUCGCAACAUUUGGCGAAAACAAUGGUCACCGUUUGGAUCUUGACGACAGCCAAAUUAGACGAGGCUGCCCGACGUUCAGCAGAAAUUUCGCAGCAAUUGGCAGAAACGAAUGACGUCACCUUGAAUUUAAGGAAAGCUUUGAACGAAACAAAGAAAGAUCUUACUGCGAUGAAGACCAAGGUUGAAGAUUUAACUACAGAAUUGAGAACGAGUUCCAGCUCGGCAUCGAUCGGUAAGAUGCCGAAUUCUUGCUCCGACUUGCAACUGAUUGGACACAAGAUAAGCGGAUUGUACUCGGUUAUGGGCAAUAAAAGUGUGGAAAAUGUUUACUGCGAUUUCACUAAAGAAUCAAAAGAUGAAGAUUUCCAGAAAUUCAUCGGGUACUCUGAUGUCAAAUCUGUACCUACCUAUUUUUACGUUCAGAAAAACGCUUCCUUCUCUGCUGCCAACGUUCCGAUUCCUUUUGAAAUGGCUAAAGUAAACAUCGGAGACGCCAUGGAUAUAACAACAGGAAUAUUCACAACACCUCGGUCAGGAUCGUAUUAUUUUUCCUUCGUCGGUUUGGCCGAACUUCCAUCGUUCCCGGACUAUGUUUAUUUAGAAGUGCGUCUUUACGUCAAUGGCGAUGGAAUGGGCACGGGAUACGCUUCCAAGGCUAGCGAAAGCGGCUAUAAAUUGAGUCAGAUCGCAUUGCAAAUGACGUUGAAUUUACAAAAGGAAGACAAAGUUUGGCUGCAAAUUACGGGCCUAUCGGCUGGAGUGUCUUUGCGUGAUGCUAACGGUGAGCAUCACACCCACUUUAGCGGAUUACUUUUACAGGAAGACUUUUCUUAAGCCGCAAUCUUUUAAAUGUCUGUAUUGUUCGAAUACAAACUGUUGGUUAUACUCUAAA